CCUUGGUCUUCUGUCAUUUCUUUUUUGCUCUCUGAGCACUCAGCUUUUCGCGAGUUUCAUUUUGAAAAACUUGAAAUAAAAUAGGAAUUUAUUUAGAAGUUUGUGCAAGUACAACUUCUAAUCUACGCUCUGAUUUGUAUUAAUAUGAGUAAUGCACCCAAUCAAAAUGGAUCAGGUCUAGAACAGCAGUUUGCUGGUCUGGACUUGCAGAGCCGUAGCGCAUCUAGCGGCGGCCGCUACGUCCCACCCCAUUUACGUAACAAACAAUCGAGCGCACCCGAAUCCGGUGGUAAUACUGGCGGCAGUGGCGGCGGCUCCUACCAAGAUUCUGGAUACGACGGUUCGGACCGUAACAGGGGAGAGUCCAGGGGCGGUGUAGGAGGUGGUGGAAGAGGUUAUAAUAGAAGCUCUGGAAGUAGAGACAGUCGCGGAGGAGAUUUCUCAAACUUCAAUAGGGGAAGAAGAGAUCAGAACGGCGAUUACGAGAGGAACGAGGAGUGGGGCGGACGGUCUCGCGGUGGAAAUCGAGAUGAUCGUGAACGCGAUCUCCCGCGCAACGACCGCUGGCAGGAACCGGAUCGUUCUUCUCACGGCGGAGGGGGCGGCUCCAAUCGUUGGAACAAUGAUAAUGAACAACGUGGCGGUGGCGGGGGCGGCGGCGGCGGUGGAGGCGGCGGUCGAUGGAACGACCGCGACAACCGUCGCAACGAGAACGAUUGGACGGUGCCGUUGCCAAGGGACGAACGUCUCGAGGCGGAACUUUUUGGCACCGGCAACACCGGCAUUAACUUCAGUAAAUACGAGGACAUACCCGUCGAGGCUACGGGUAACGAGGUGCCGAAGCACAUUACAUCUUUUGAAGAAGUACAGUUGACAGAAAUAAUCCGCGCGAACAUCGCAGCAGCACGUUACGACACCCCGACCCCGGUGCAAAAAUACGCGAUUCCGAUUAUUUUGUCCAGACGCGACGUCAUGGCGUGCGCGCAGACCGGUUCUGGAAAAACCGCCGCCUUUUUGGUUCCCAUCCUGAACCAGAUGUACGAGGGUGGACCCCCGAAUAUCCAACAGGCACGGAGCAGGCGCAAGCAGUACCCGCUAGGUUUGGUACUGGCGCCUACCAGGGAAUUGGCCACCCAGAUUUACGACGAAAGCAAGAAGUUUGCUUACAGGGCCAGGGUUCGACCAUGCGUUGUGUAUGGUGGAGCCAACAUUGGCGACCAAAUGCGCGACCUGGACCGCGGCUGCCACUUAUUGGUCGCGACGCCCGGUCGUUUAUUGGACAUGAUCGAUCGCGGCAGAAUCGGACUCGAUUAUUGUCGCUACUUAGUGUUGGACGAGGCGGAUCGCAUGUUGGACAUGGGUUUCGAGGUCCAGAUCCGCAGAAUCGUCGAGAAGGAAUCGAUGCCGCGUACCGGCGAAAGACAGACCCUCAUGUUCUCCGCUACGUUCCCUCAUCCGAUUCAAAUGUUGGCCCGAGACUUUUUGGAUAAUUAUAUAUUCUUGGCCGUCGGUAGGGUGGGAUCUACCUCCGAGAAUAUUACGCAGAAGGUUGAAUGGGUGGAAGAGCACGACAAACGCUCCUUCCUACUUGAUUUACUUAACGCCGCGGAACUGCACCAGCCCUCAGCCGAAAGCCUUACAUUAGUUUUCGUGGAAACUAAAAAAGGUGCCGACUCUCUCGAAGAUUUUCUGCAUCACGAGGGCUAUCCGGUAACUUCUAUCCAUGGAGAUAGAACCCAGAGGGAAAGGGAGGACGCUUUGAGACAAUUUAGGUCGGGCAACACCCCCAUUUUGGUAGCCACCGCGGUGGCGGCUCGUGGCUUGGACAUACCCCACGUAAAACACGUGAUCAAUUUUGACUUACCUUCGGAUAUUGAGGAGUACGUGCACCGUAUCGGUCGAACGGGCAGAAUGGGUAAUCUCGGAUUGGCCACGUCUUUCUUUAACGACCGAAACCGGAACUUAGCUAACGGAAUGUUGGAUCUGUUGGUCGAGGCCAAACAGGACCAUCCUUCGUGGUUAGAAAGCGUCGCGUGCGACAGUCGCAUGCCGAGCUCCGGGCGACGGGGCGGGGGCGGCAACAAGAGCCGCUACGGAGGCGGUAACGGGGGCGGCAGCAGUUUCGGUAGCCGUGACUACCGUCAGCAGUCGUCUGCGCAACGCUCCCAGAAGUCCAACUCCGGUUACGGUAACAACGGAUACGGAAACGGUGGUGGCAUGGACCGGGGUAGCAACUUCGGAGGCAACUACAACAACUCAGGCAACAGUCACGACGACUGGUGGUAGUCGCCGCAUUCAGGACAUAAGCAAAGCUUUAACAUGCCCACCCACCCCCACCGGAAAAUAUGAGGAAACCUGUAUUUACGUUACACCAGUCGACGAUGCAUUUUUCUUUUUAAAUAAUAUGAUAUACAUAAUAUAGGACGAUAAUAAUAUCAAUUGAUUGAUAUUUACGGAAUAUUUAUUACUACUAUAUAAUUCUUAUUAUGUUUUUGAGAGUUUGAGUAAUACCUACUUACUAUCACGAUUACUAUUUGCGAUUUUUUAGGAUGUUUGCGUAAAACGCAGAAUAGUUAAUUAUUAUUACUAUUACUAUUCUUAUUAAAAAAAAAAUAAUAGUUUUCCGGCGUAAGAGCUAAUAAUUAUUAAAAAACAAACCACUCGGAUAGCCCCUGUAUAUUUCUGUUAUCAAUAAAUAACGUUGUACGGGCGA